CGUGUAGCUAUUCUAAUAAAACAAUCAUAUUCUACUGCCCCAAAAUGGGCACCAAAAAACCAGUGGAAGUGCAUAGGUUUCCUUCAGAUGUGGAAUUUGCUGUAUUCAGUGACGAGGAUGUGCGGAAACUAAGUGUAGUCAAAGUUUUAACAGGUCUGACAUUUGAUGCCCUGGGCCAUCCUCUUACCGGCGGCCUCUACGAUACACGACUCGGUUCCUAUGGCAAGUGCAUGGAACCAUGUGCCACAUGCCUUAAAAUGCUCGACUGUCCCGGCCAUAUGGGCCAUAUUGAGCUGGGCGCGCCAGUUUAUAACCCGUUCUUUAUAAAGUUGGUGCAACGAUUGUUAUCCAUCUUCUGUUUGCAUUGUUACAAACUACAAAUGAAAGAUCAUGAAUGCCAGAUAAUAAUGCUACAACUUCAACUUAUUGAUGCCGGCUACAUUAUCGAGGCUCAGGAACUAGAGCUGUUCAAGUCGGAAAUUGUUUGCCAGAAUACGGAGGAACUGGUCCAGAUUGAUACUGGCGACAGCGUGCAUCCACGAAUCGCAUAUAUGCAUGAAUUGCUUCGCAAAAACAUAAGAAAUGCAAAUAAUGCAACUAAGACCAGUUGCUCCCUGCGCACGGCCAUCACGCAUGCUGCACUGCAACGGAGUCAGAAUAAAAAGUGCCGUCAUUGCAGCAAGUCUAUGCGCUAUGUGCGCUACCUGCACAGAAGGCUGGUAUACUAUGUGACAAUUGCAGAUAUUAAGGAGCGUUUUGGCAACGUGCCCGAGAAUAGUGGACAGAAUAAGAUUAUCUUUGCGGACGAGUGUCGUCGCUACUUACGCCAAAUAUACGAGCAUUACCCGGAAUUGCUUCAGCUGCUAAUACCAGUCUUAAAGCUUCAAAGCAAACCUUCAAGCGAAGUUUCACCCGUUGACAUUUUUUUUAUGGAGGCGCUACCUGUGACACCUCCACGAGCGCGUCCCUUGAAAGUUGUCAAUGGCAUUAUGAAGGGCAACCCCCAAACAGACAUCUACAUUAAUAUUAUACAAAACAACCACGUGCUUCACGUAGUUCUUAAAUGUAUGAAGGGAAAGCAGGAAAAACUCAACGAUCAGGCCUUGGCGGCGUACCAAGAUAUUGACGGGACCUCACCCCACGAGAAGCUAUACAACGCCUGGCAAGCCUUGCAAUCCUCUGUCGAUGUACUGCUCGAUGUGAAUAUGUCACGCGGUUCUAAGUUGGCGGAAGGCUUAAAGCAGGUUUUAGAGAAAAAAGACGGUCUUAUACGAAAGCACAUGAUGGGUAAACGCGUCAACUACGCGGCGCGCACUGUCAUUACACCUGAUCCAAACAUCAAUGUCGACGAGAUUGGCAUACCAGACAUAUUUGCCUGCAAAUUAUCUUACCCAGUACCGGUAACCGAGUGGAACGUAACUGAACUCAGAAAAAUGGUGAUGAAUGGACCGAACGUACAUCCGGGUGCCAACUACAUCCAGGAGAGCAACGGAUUCACAACCUACAUACCUGCAGAAAAUGCGGCAAAGCGCGCCAGUAUGGCUAAGCUACUGCUUUCUAAUCCCAAGGAUGGUGUCAAGAUAGUGCAUCGCCAUGUCCUGAACGGCGACGUUUUGCUGCUCAACCGCCAGCCCUCAUUGCACAGACCUUCGAUUAUGGCACACAAGGCCCGCAUCUUGCAUGGAGAGAAGACUUUCCGGUUGCACUACUCCAAUUGUAAGGCCUACAAUGCGGAUUUUGAUGGUGAUGAAAUGAACGCGCAUUUUCCACAGAGCGAAGUGGCACGAGCUGAAGCAUAUAAUCUAGUAAAUGUGGCCAGUAAUUAUCUGGUACCCAAGGACGGCACACCCCUGGGUGGCCUAAUUCAAGAUCACGUUAUUUCGGGUGUAAAGUUGUCUAUACGCGGUAGGUUCUUCAAUCGCGAAGACUAUCAGCAACUAGUGUUCCAGGGUCUUUCCCAUUUAAUGGGUAACAUAAAGCUAUUGCCGCCCACCAUUCUGAAACCUGCCAUGUUGUGGUCUGGUAAGCAGGUGCUGUCCACUAUUAUUAUAAAUUUGAUCCCCCAAGGCUUUGAGAACAUCAAUUUGGAUUCGUUUGCAAAAAUUAGCAGUAAGAAUUGGAAUAUAUCUCGGCCGCGCACGCCACUCUGCGGUUCCACGCCUCUUGAGCAGGAGCUCAGCGAAAGCCAGGUUCAGAUUCGCAAAGGUGAACUGCUCGUCGGGGUGCUGGAUAAGCAGCAAUACGGAGCCACCACGUUUGGACUCAUACACUGCAUGUACGAGUUGUAUGGAGGCGAAGUAUCCACAUGCUUACUCACGGCGUUCACCAAGGUAUUCACAUUCUUUCUGCAACUCGAGGGCUUUACACUAGGCGUAAAGGAUAUUUUAGUAACCGAGGAAGCGGAUCACAAGCGUCGUAACAUCAUACGGGAGUGCCGCAAUAUCGGGAACAGCGCCGUUGCGGCCGCAUUGGAGCUUGAAGAAGUGCCACCGCACGAUGUACUGGCCGAGCAAAUGGAGACCGCAUAUGUAAAGGAUCCCAAGUUCCGUGUGCUGCUGGAUCGAAAAUAUAAAUCGCUACUCGAUGGCUACACAAAUGACAUAAACAAAACCUGCCUGCCGGACGGCCUAAUAAGCAAAUUUCCCACCAACAAUUUGCAGCUAAUGGUGUUGUCCGGUGCUAAGGGAUCUAUGGUGAAUACUAUGCAAAUUUCAUGCCUUCUGGGUCAAAUCGAAUUAGAAGGCAAGCGCCCACCGCUCAUGAUAUCCGGAAAGUCACUCCCCAGCUUUACUUCUUUCGAAACUUCACCAAAGUCAGGCGGGUUUAUUGAUGGACGGUUUAUGACGGGAAUACAACCGCAGGACUUUUUCUUCCAUUGUAUGGCCGGUCGUGAGGGUCUCAUCGACACGGCUGUGAAGACUUCGCGUUCUGGUUACUUGCAGCGCUGCCUUAUUAAACACUUAGAGGGCCUAAGUAUACACUAUGACUUAACCGUUCGCGAUAGUGACAGUAGCGUGGUGCAAUUCCUGUACGGUGAGGAUGGUCUGGAUAUUCUGAAGUCAAAGUUCUUCAAUGCGGACUUCUGUACCGAUUUUCUUACGCAAAAUGCCACUGUCAUCUUGAGACCUAGCCAACUGAAUUUGAUGAAGGACGAUGAAUGCCUAGCCACUGUGCUGCGGCAUGAGAAACACAUACGGUCAUGGCGCAAAAAACAGCCGGCUCAGCUGCGGGCUGCCUUCACCCACUUCUCAGACGAGCUUCGAAGCGAAGUGGAGGUGAAUCGACCGAAUGAAAUUAACAGCAAAACCGGAAGACGCCGCUUCGACGAGGCGCUGAUAAAACUAUGGAAGAAAGCUGAUUCCGAGGACAAGGCCUUAUAUCGCAAGAAAUACGCUCGUUGUCCCGAUCCUGCGGUAGCUGUGUAUAAGCAGGACUUAUACUAUGGGGCUGUAUCCGAGCGAACGCGCAAAAUUAUUGAUGAAUAUGCACGGAAAAGCCCAAAAUAUAAGAAAACGAUUACGGAUAUUAUGCACAUGAAGAGUAUCAAGGCUUUGGCAUCACCCGGUGAGCCUGUCGGACUGCUAGCUGCUCAAUCGAUUGGUGAACCCUCCACACAAAUGACAUUAAACACCUUCCAUUUCGCCGGUCGUGGAGAAAUGAACGUAACAUUGGGCAUUCCGCGUCUCCGUGAGAUACUCAUGCUGGCUUCGUCAAAUAUAAAAACUCCCUCAAUGGACAUCCCUAUUAAGGGAGGCCAACAACACACUGCAGAGAAGUUGCGCAUAUCUUUAAACCGUGUAACCUUGACCAAUCUUUUAGAAUCCGUAGGUGUCAUCUUCAGCCUAACGCUGGAGCCGGAACGUGCCUAUGUCUACGAUCUUCACUUCCAAUUUUUGCCACGCGAAGCCUACAAAGAGGACUUUGGCGUACGGCCCAAGCGUAUAAUUAAAUAUAUGCAUGAAACAUUCUUCAAGCAGCUUAUACGCGCCAUUCUCAAAGUUUCCAAUGUCAAAAAGACCUCUCGAAUCAUUGAAAUUGAAGAUAAAAAAGAGAGCAAUAAGCAGGAUGAUGAUAAUUACCAGGACUUAGAUGCGGCAGAUAUUGGAACACAGAAAACUGGCAAUAAUGAUGACGACUCCUCUGACGAUAGUGGUGAUGAUGAUGCUACUGGCGUUAAGCUUAAGCAACGUAAGACAGAUGAAAAGGACUACGACGAUCCAGACGACGUCGAAGAGCUCAAAGAUGCCAAUGAAGACGAUGAAGAACAAGAUGAGGAUGAAGAUGCUGCCCCUGAUCUGAGCAAUGAAGGAAAUACCGAAGCAGAUGAUAAAUCUGUUGAGAAGCUGCUCAGUAAUGAGAUGGUCAAGGAGUACACAUAUGAUAAGGAAAAUCAUCUUUGGUGCAAGGUCAAGCUGAACCUGAGUGUGCGCUACCAAAAACCCGAUCUGACGUCAAUCAUAAGGGAGCUGGCCGCUAAGAGUGUCAUACACCAAGUGCCACACAUCAAGCGCGCUAUCAUUUAUGAAGGCAACAAUAAUGAGCAACUUUUAAAAACGGAUGGAAUUAACAUUGGUGAAAUGUUUCAGCACGACAAAAUCUUGGACUUAAAUCGGUUAUAUUCCAAUGACAUACAUGCCAUAGCACGAACAUACGGCAUAGAGGCAGCUGCCCAAGUCAUCGUCAAGGAAGUGAGCAAUGUGUUCAAGGUCUAUGGUAUUACAGUGGAUCGAAGACAUUUAUCUCUAAUUGCCGAUUAUAUGACCUUCGACGGCAGCUUUCAACCCUUGUCACGAAAAGGAAUUGAGCAUUCAUCGUCUCCGUUGCAACAAAUGUCCUUCGAGUCAAGUCUGCAAUUUCUGCGAAAUGCGGCCGGAUUUGGACGACCUGAUGAGCUCAACUCGCCAUCAAGUCGCCUAAUGGUUGGUCUUCCAGUACGCAAUGGAACGGGUGCAUUUGAGUUAUUAACAAAAAUAUGCUAAUUGUAUUUAAAUACUUUGAGUAAUCAUGGUCCUAUAAAUAAAAGAGUUAUCGAUACUUUGUCUGAGUUGG